AUGAUGCAGAACUUCAACCACGAGCGCUUCGCCUUCUGCGCCAUGAGCACGCGCUUCGCCCGAGUUUGCUUGGAAGACUCCCUGAAGUUUGCCGGCAAGCGAAAGACCUUCGGCAAGACCCUGAUCCAACACCCGGUGAUUCGCUGGAAGGUGGCAGAAAUGGCCCGCAUGAUUGAAGCAACCCACAACUGGCUGGAAUGGACCACCUUCCAGUUGAACACUAUGCCGAAGAUGGAGGCAAUGCUGAAGCUGGGGCGGACACACGGCCCUCUGCAAGGUCCAGUGCACCAAGGUCAUGGAGUACUGCGCUCGAGAGGCCGCCCAGAUCUUCGGAGGCUUGUCCUAUUCGCGCGGAGGUCAGGGAGAGAAGGUCGAGCGGCUGAACCGCGAAGUGCGAGCGAUGGCCAUCCCUGGAGGCUCUGA